AAGGUUGGUACGUAGUUCGUUGCUCCGCGACGUAAAUUUCCGUAAUCGUAACAACGCAAUCUCUCUCCAUAAUUAUCGUUCACGCAAUUAAUCGGCUAUAAUUACCUGAUUAUUCGCGAGUGUAUCGAGAUGAACAGUUCACACUUUCUAUUCGACACGUAUCUUAAACUUGCGCAUACGAUGCACGUUUUCUUAAGUCGGAUCUACACAGGAAUGCAAGAUAGAUGUACAAUUUCCGACUGCAGAAUGCGGAAAUUUAAAUUCAUCUCACUUCAAUAUGUCCAACUUCAUGUUGUAUCCUGUAGUCUAUACGACCUGAAGUACGACACGUUGCGUUUAAUUUUGCGACUCGCGUAGAUACGGCUUUCUGCGUAAAUCCGGCUUUAUUGGAUUACUUGUUUUCUAGAAUUGCACAAACCAGAAUAUAGCCUAGUUUUUAGUAAUUUACUAAAAUUCAAGCAAUUAUCAAACAGAAAACGUGCAUCGCUUAUAUCAUGUUUAGCCUUACGUGAGUGAAUUUGGGGGGGGGGGGGGAAUCGAAGCGGCGCAGUAUGGAAUUUUCCAACGGACGGAGCACAGCCAACUUCUCGUUGCACCGACAUUCACGGCGUUGACACACACGAAACGUAUCGCGCGAGUGAUAUUGAGUUUUCAUAUCGAUCUUGAUACACUUUCGCGUAUUUUUUCAUGAGUGCGAGUAUACUUUCUUUAUUCUUACUUAUUUUACUUUACUUUUCUUAUUUAACUAAUAAAUUUGACUCGGUCAGUGUCGGAUGAUAUCGCGGUAAGGUUGUGAUGCCGUUCGGAUGCGGCGUUCAAAUAUUUACGUUACAUACCAGACAGGUCGGUACUCUGAAUGGCGUCACGACGUUGAAAUGAUAAGUAUAAUUAGUAUAACGUAAUCGUAUAAUUUCGUGUCUGAAUUUCCAUAAGUUACGACAUGUGGAGCGGAGACAUUGUGACGCGUUUAUACAUCGGUAAAUUGUUGUAAAGCUACCUGUCGUUCGAAAUUCAUUCGCUGUCGAGUUCGCCGAGUGAAUCAUAUUUCUCGUGCGAUUUCUGUUUUUUACUUUUUCGCGACGGCAACGUAAUGAAAUGUACAUCGUAUAUGUGUCUUAAUGUCGGGAAUGCCGUGCAAAGUAUCGUCGCGAUUAAUUAACCACGUUUUCGCGAGUGUCGAGUGUGCGUGUGUAAAUGUGUGCAUUGAAGGAAGCUGAGAGGAGGAGGAGGCCUGGGAGGCAUCGGGUGACGGCGAAGCAACCUUGGGUUACAUCACGAUCAGAACUUCGCUGCUGCGCAUCGUAUCGGAUUAAUUACGCACAUCGAAGAUGCAGUAAAAGGCUCAGCUCUUGACAAUUAUCACAUUCGGACAUCGACACGAGCCUGUAACCACCUUGCGACCAUCACGAUGCCAGGAACGUGCUUGAUGACCGAUGCGGUCAGGACAGCGGAUAGUUAGUGAUGAGGAGGAGCAAGUUAUCGGCGUGCCGACGGCCCAGGUCACUAGUAACAUGCCAGUCCUUGGUCCCAGCGCCGAUUCAACUUCACUUCGAGGACUUCUGAUCGCCAUCUUCAUCCUAUUGUCCCUGCCGCGUUGUCGCUGCACAGAUCUAGGACAAUGCACUACGGCGUUAGGCAUGGAGAGCGGAGAAAUCCCCGAUGAAGACAUCUCGGCAAGUUCUAUGUACGAUCCCAGCCUCGGACCGAAACAUGCCAGGCUGCGACAAGACAGGGGUGGCGGCGCUUGGUGCCCGAGAAAUAUGGUAACCAAGGAAGGCAAGGAAUACCUGGAGGUGAAUCUGCAUACUCCGCGUUUACUGACGUCUACCAAAACGCAGGGCAGAUUCGGCAAUGGCAACGGGGUCGAGUACACCGAGGAGUACUUUGUCGAGUAUUGGCGGCCAGGGUUCAACAAGUGGGUGCGAUGGAGGAAUCGACGUGGCAUAGAGCUUUUGGUGGGCAAUAACAAUCCAUAUUCGGAGGAGGAACAAAUCUUCGAUCCAGCUAUAAUCGCAACAAAAAUCCGUUUUAUCCCUUACACCUCUCAUAUGCGCACAGUAUGUAUGCGCGUAGAGCUUUACGGCUGUUCAUGGACAGAGGGUCUCGUUUCGUAUUCCAUGCCCCAAGGAAUCAAGAGGGGUUCCGAGGUUGACCUUUCCGACAGGACGUACGACGGCCGCGAAGAAGCGGGUUACCUCUCCGGGGGACUUGGUCAACUUGUCGACGGGCAAAAGGGUCCCGACAACUUCAGAUUGGACGUCAGCGGUAACGGAAAGGGAUACGAAUGGGUCGGAUGGAGAAACGACACACCCAACAUGCUUGGACGUCCGGUGGAAAUAACUUUCGAGUUCGACUACUCGAGGAACUUCACUGCCAUACAUCUACACAUGAACAAUUACUUCACGAAGGACGUGCAGGUUUUCUCGUACGCGAAGGUCUAUCUCGGCACAGGUGGCAACCAGUUUACCGGCGAACCUGUCCAUUUCUCUUACAUACCCGAUCAAGUUCUCGAACAGGCGCGCGAGGUUACCAUAAAGCUGCAUUCGCGCGCCGGCCGCUUCCUAAAAUUGCAGCUCUACUUCGCCGCGCGGUGGAUCAUGCUCAGCGAGGUAAUCUUCGAAUCAGUUAUCUCCGAAUGGAACAAUACCGAGGACGAGGAGGCGAAGAACAAGAGCGCUAUUGUACUGGCGACCGGCAGCCCCUAUCAAAAUAACGAGGGUCCACUGCAGAGAGACGAAGUGAAGGCUACUUUUAAUAAGGAGGAAAGCAAAGAUAACACCUUUCCAGAUAAGAGCAAGGAGCCGGAAUCGAAGCAGUUUGUCGGUUUAGUUAUCGGCAUCCUGACGACCGUAAUUGUGAUGCUGCUCGCGGCGAUCAUGUUCAUCUUCUAUAGGAACCGUAGGCUCAAAGCUGCUCUCGCACCGUCAAACUUCUAUGAUCAACAGGGUGAUCUCAAGGUCUCCGUGCCAGAGGAGGGCGAGGACAAAGGACCAAUUUGCCCCCCGCUUCCGGCGCAGUACCAUCCAGCCACUUACAGCACGACAACGCCGCAAUUACACAAAACCGUCACGGAUUACACCGGAAUCAACGAGGUGCAGCCGGUUAUUCCGCUCCUGCUUAACUCGACGAUCAAUCUUGCCAGGCCAAUUCCGGCGGUCCAAGAAUAUCCGUCUAACCCACCACCCAUACCACCCCCGCCGGAAAAGUAUUACGCCAGCACGGAGAUCUGUAAGAGUCCUUUACCACCACUGCCACCCUCGCCGACACCAAGUACACCACCGCCAAUGAGUGCGAAAGCUUCUAGCAGUGUAACUAGCUACAGUCCGGAAGAUAUGCUAACGGAGGAAGAGGAGGAGAUACCUGAGUGUGUCCUUGAUUUUCCACGGGAAAAACUCAACAUCGUUGAAAAUCUUGGCUGUGGAUACUUUGGCGAUGUUCACCUCUGCGAAGUUGACAGGUUUCCUGGAUAUGAUGAGGUUUUCAGAAAUACAUCCAGCGAUUUAGUUAUUGUUAAAUCCUUGAAACCAGGAUCUUCUGACGCUCUUAGGAUAGAAUUUCAACAGGAGGCAAAGAGACUGGUACGACUCGCCGAUCGAAAUGUCGCGCGGCUACUCGGUGCCAGCCUUGAGAACGAUCCCAUGUGCAUCGUAUUGGAAAACGGCGAGUACGGGGAUUUGAAUCAAUAUCUGCAAAGUCACAUCGCCGAAACUUCAAACUUGCAGACGGCUAAGACCCUUAGUUUCGGCACAUUGGUUUACAUGGCCACGCAAAUAGCAUCCGGCAUGAAGUAUCUCGAGGAAAUGGACUUCGUGCAUCGGGAUCUCGCCACAAGAAAUUGUUUAGUGUGCCGCGGAUGCACGGUUAAAGUAUCUGAUUUGGGUAGCGGACGAAGCGCAUAUGCGGCGGAUUACUUCCGUGUCGAAGGACGUCCUCCAUUACCGAUUCGAUGGAUGCCAUGGGAAUCAAUGCUAAUGGGAAGACACACAUGCAAGGGCGACGUCUGGGCGUUUGCCGUCACGCUGUGGGAAAUACUGACAUUCGCGCGGGAGCAACCAUUCGAGGAGUUUCCGGAUCAUCGAAUAGUGGAGAAUGCGACUUACUUUUAUCAAGAGGAUGAGCGAAGGAUGAUACUACCACUGCCAAAAAACUGUCCCAAAGAGAUCUACGAUCUGAUGCGCGAAUGCUGGCAGAGGAACGACGUCGACCGACCAAACUUUCGCGAGAUUCACCUGUUCCUGCAACGAAAAAAUCUCGGUUAUAAACCCGGUGAGUCGAACGAUACUUGAUAUAGAGAACUGGAAGGCUGGAACCUUAUCCGGCUUUCUAUGAUUGGCGAAUUAAAUGGCAAUUGGUGGAACUGCCCUUCAUCGACCAAGCUAGACCAAGUCAGACCAAGUUAGUAUCUAGGAUGACGAUCCAUAAAUCGGCUAUAACGAACGUAAACUGUUUGUGAUGGCAUGGUCGGACGCGUCCAUCGUGCUGAUGAUAACUAUAUCGUAUGGUGACACUUACGUGCGAGAAGAAGAUAUAGGAGUCUGAUAUAUGAGCUAAUCGCGCCCAGACUUUUGACGGUUCACGAUAUUAAUAUCCCUUUUUUUAGCCGUACAUUGGUCGCCAUACAUUGUGAACAGCGCUGUGAAUUUAAUCGAUAACCGGUAUGAACCGCACAAAUCACUGUCGCCGUAACGCAAACUGUCCGUGUGCAAACUACAAGACAUUGUCUACAAAAUUCGCUUUUUUAAUGAUUCCUUUACACGAAUAUAAUCUACAGACCGUUACUACGGGUAGAUCGACAACUAUUUCUCCGAAAUACGCAUAACAAUGCGCAGUGCUUGACAAUAGAAUAUUAAUUUUUUUAUAAGCACUAUUUUUAAUCUACGAGAUAUUAAUUUUUGUACAUAUAUAUCAUUUAAUUGACGUAUUAUUGAAAAUUUAUGAACUAUUAUAUACGCUUAACUAUAUAAAGUGAUAGGUACUCGAUCUUCUGGCUAAUUCUCGUGCAACUUCUUCUCGUUUCUCUUUUAUUUCUUGGCUCGUUAUUCUUUUAUCAAUCGCCUACAGAAGUUACGCGUUGACCAAAACGGAUAGCCCCAUAAUAAUGAUACCGAGUCUCUACGAUACCAUAUCCACGCUCGCGCAAUUGAAAUGGAUAGAUUAUGAUUUUGAUCCGUGGCAUUCGAUACGAAAUGGAACGUUACUAGUGCUGGCAAUACGAGGGGAGCACGUUCGAUAAAUCGCACAUACGCUGUUCCGAAAUUGAUACUGUCAGCAAA